AUGACCGGCCUGAAUGAUUCGAUGAUUCGAGGGACGCCUGGAAUCGCUAUCCUCCGAACCAAGCGUAUCUUCACAACAAUAUCCACGCUGGCGAACAUACUCUGGAAGAAAGAGUCGUCAUCCGCGACGACCGGCGCAGUCCCCUCCAACCCCCCGACUGGCGACAUCAUGACCCAACCGCCGGCCCAACCCCAUCUUACACCACAGUUCUGCUUCUCGACAGGAGCUCUGAGGGACUUUCUAAGGCUGUCUCGUGCCACGGUCGACGACUCCAUCACUCAAAACCUCAAUGCGCUUGUAACACCCGCGCGAGCCGGCUUCGACCCUACCUCGACCUCACAACGAACACCGCGUUCCUUCCCUCGACAGAUAGACCCGCAAGCAUGUCAGAACUUCAAGGACCAGGUGCUCUUCCCGACAUGGCAUGCGCGAGCUGAAGUCCUGCACUAUUGCGGAGUGGUUGCGACAAGUCCAGACCCAGACGACCCGGAGGUUCUGUUACGGCAGAUUGAGGCUGCAAAGGACAAGGAACGAGUUGUCAACGAACGCUUGGAUCCAUACUCUGGACGGUUCUUCCCUCGUGAGCCUCGGACGGAGCAACUCGCGAUGCUUAUUCGGCAGGAGAAGGGCGUGGAGAACAUUGUGCGGACAAGAACGUGGGAUAUGGUCAAACAGCGAUGCGGGGAGUCGGCUAAUUCGUGGGAGGAGGCUCUUGCGGCGGCUGUACCAGUAUUGUAUAAAUGUCCACCACGUAUUGUACCAACCUUCUCGGCCGAGAAAGAAAAUAUGUUAGAGCAGCAAAGGCCGCAGAGAACGAGAACUCUGGCGCUCCAUGACCCUGAAGAUCAUAGGAACUCUGGGUGCUUCGAGGCAUCUCGUCAUGUCCCAGACUUUAAGCAUAGGGAAGCGAAGUUUACCAUGAAUCCUGCGGUCUUUCAUGGAGGUUGGCCUUGGUUGACCGUCCCCCACCAAAACGGCGGAUUGGCCGUCACUGAGCGGGACGUGCGCAGAGCAUGCGUCCACUGGUGGUGCGAUUUUGAUGCGGUGAAAACGGACCUAAUGGGACCGGACUCAUUUUGCCCCGCCAAAAGCCCGCCGUCCCGCCAAACGGUGAGGCCCAGUUAUGGUACGGACACCGUGGUGGCGGUCGCUGCAGGGCGAAGACGGCGCACUGAGCCCCAAGGAGGGCAGCCAGCUCAGCCUUGGAACAUCUCCGUCCGUGGACUCGCACACGACCAAUCUUCGACUUUCCACCCCACGCCCUCGAAAAGAUACGAGUCCUCGGUCCCCGACACAACCGACCUCUACUCUUUCUACCCCUCCUUGACCUCCGAGGACCCCUCCAGACACACUGCUGCGGACCAGCCUUCCGAAGAUCGCUUCCUCCUCGACGACUCGGUCUCCUUUUCUUCGCAGUGCCGGCGAUUCGAUCCCCGGCCCAAUACCGAUCCGAUGCCGCAACCUCUUAAUUCGAAAGAGGCUUCCCUCUUUCGCGCCGUCAUCCGCGCCUAUGAGGACAAGCAGUACAAGCGCGGUCUCAAGUCCGCCGACCUCAUCCUCAAGAAGAACCCCAAACAUGGCGACACAAUGGCCAUGAAGGCCCUGAUCAUGAAUGCGCAGGGUAAGACAGAGGAGGCUUUUGCUCUGGGCAAGGAGGCUUUGACGGUGGACAUGAAGUCGCACAUCUGCUGGCAUGUCUACGGUCUGCUGUACCGCGCCAACAAGAACUUCGAGGAGGCUAUCAAGGCGUACAAGUUCGCUCUGAAGCUCGAGCCCGAGUCAACGCAGAUCCAGCGCGAUCUUGCCAUUCUUCAGGUGCAGAUGCGCGAUUAUGCCGGAUACAUCUCAAGCCGCACUGCCAUGCUGCAGGCCCGUCCCCAGCUGCGCCAGAGCUGGACUGCGCUGGCUAUCGCUCACCACUUGUCAGGUGACCUGUCCGCCGCCGAGAACGUCCUUACCACCUACGAGGGAACGCUCAAGUCCACGCCCUCCCGUAGCGACUACGAGAACUCCGAAGCCGUCAUGUACAAGAACACCAUCAUUGCCGAGCAGGGCGACUACCAGAGAGCCCUCGAGCAUCUUGAGAGUGCCGCUAAGCAUAACCUUGAUAGGCUCGAGUAUUUGGAGCUGCGCGCCAAGUACCUGGUCAAGCUGGGCAAGAAGGAGGAGGCUAUUGCCGCAUGGCAGGCUCUUGUUGAGCGCAACGCUGACCGUCCUGCUUACUUUGAGGGUCUGGAAAGCGCCCACGCCUUUUCUGACAGUGAUGCGGCUGCUAGAAAGGAGAUUUACGAGAAGUACGCCAAGAAGUUCCCCCGCUCAGAUGCUCCUCGCCGCCUACCCCUGAACUUCUUGUCUGGUGACGACUUCAGUGCUGCGGCAAAGGAGUACUUGACGCUCAUGUUCAACAAGGGUGUUCCGUCGACUUUCGCUAACCUGAAGCACUUGUACUCCGACUCUGCCAAGAAGGAGGCCCUCGAAGCCCUCGCCCAGGACUACCUCAAGUCGAGCUCAAACACGGAAGCAACCAACGGCGAUCGCUCAAAGGGAGAGGCCGCAGCUCUGUACUUCCUUGCCCAACACUACAAUUACCACCUCAGCCGCGAUCUCACGAAGGCUCACGAGUACGUCGACAAGGCUAUCGAGAAGGUCCCCGACAGCGUCGACUUCACCAUGACCAAGGCUAGGAUAUGGAAGCACCAGGGCAACCUCCAAAAGGCAUCUGAGACUAUGGACAAGGCACGCACUUUGGAUACCCGCGAUCGUUACAUCAACACCAAGGCAGCCAAGUAUCAGCUGCGCAAUAACGAGACUGAGCAGGCGUUGAAGACUGUGGGCCUCUUUACUAGGGCGGACACCGUCGGUGGCCCUCUCGCGGAUCUCCUGGAUAUGCAAUGCGUCUGGUUCCUUACCGAGGAUGGUGAGGCGUAUGCUCGCCAGGGUGAUGAUGCCUUGGCCCUCAAGCGCUUCCACACGGUUCACAACAUCUUCGACGUCUGGCAAGAAGACCAGUUCGAUUUCCACAGCUUUUCCCUGAGAAAGGGCCAGAUUCGUGCCUACGUAGAUAUGGUCCGUUGGGAGGACCACCUUAGAGACCACCCCUUCUACUCACGAGCCGCUUUGGACGCCGUCGCCAUUUACCUCAGGAGAGCCGACCGCCCCGCAGCGAACGGCGUCAACGGUGACGCAAACGGCGAUGAUGCCUCUGAGAGAAAGAAGGCUGCGAAGAAGGCCAAGAAGGAGCAACAGCGCCUGGAGAGGGAGGCGGCCGAUCGUGCGGCGAAGCAAGAUCCUAAUAAGGGCAAGCCCGCCAGCGAAGAGCCCAAGAAGAAGGACGAGGACCCUCUCGGUCUGAAGCUUUUGGAGGCCGAGCCCCUCAGCGCGGCGAUGCGAUUCGUCACCCCUCUUCUGCAAUUCAGCCCGCAAAACAUCAACGCCCAAUUCGCCGGUUUCGAUGUUUAUCUGCGCCGAAAGAAGUACGUUCUUGCGCUGCGUUCUCUCAACGCCGCCCGCGCACUUGAUGCUUCGCAUCCCGGUGUCCACGAGCGCGUUGUCGAGUUUGCUCACGUUGUACGCCCGGCACUCGAGAGCUUGCCCGCAAAGGUGCAAGAACUAAUCAAGUCCGAGUUCACUCCCCCUGCCGGUGACUUGAAGAAGUACAACGAAGAGUUCCUCUCGGACAACAAGGCCAAGCCCACUCACAUCGUCGCGGCCCUCAAGACACGGAGAGUGCUUGGAGAGGACAGCGCCAAGGCCGAGGCCGACCUUGCGAACGUCGUCAAGGCUCCCGAUGCCACCUUUGAGCUUGCCACUGAGGUGUACAACCUCUUGAAGGCGUGGAGGAGCACUGAGGCGGAGACACUCAAGAAGGAGGCGCACGCGAGGUGGCCUGAAGUAAGCCUCUUUGCCUAG